AUGCACUGGGGAUUCGCCGAUAUCGAUCCAGUCACUUGGAAACCAGUCAUCAACGAUGGAAAAGACCAGUGGGAGGACUUCAAAAAGCUGCCAAAUGUAAAGCGCAUUCUAUCAUUAGGUGGUUGGGUAUACUCGACCGACCCCGCUACGUAUAGUAUUAUCCGAGAUGCCAUCAUCAACAACAGACAAAUUUUUGCCAGUAACUUGGCACAAUUUGUCAAGGAUGAGGGGGUCGACGGCGUCGAUAUUGAUUGGGAAUACCCUGGUGCCCCGGAUAUCUACAUCUGGAGCCAGCCCAUUGGCCAAAAAUCCGACGGAGUCAACUACCUCAAAUUUCUUACCGCAUUAAAAGCCAGAAUAGGAAGCGAAAAGUCGGUAUCAAUUGCAGCACCUGCCUCAUACUGGUAUUUGAAGUCAUUUACUAUCGACCGGAUCGCUUCUAUUGUUGACUAUAUCGUGUACAUGACAUACGACUUGCAUGGCUAG